AUGGCUGGGAGCACAUCACAUACACUGGAAGAAGUACAAUCCUCUGCCUCCUGGGAUCCCGCCGAACAGUCUGAUGCUGGUAAUUCCGGUACAUCAGGCCAAUACGGACGCCCAGCAUUACGUUCGCUCGACUCUCCUGGUGGCCUUUCCGCGCUUCAACCGAACUCGAGCUCCCCACAGCCACGGUCUAGUACGGACUCUGUACCAAGGUCCUCUACUUCGCGUUGGCGCGACAGCCCGACCGUAGCAAGUGACCCUCGGGAAACACUUGCCAGCGUUCCCAGCGAGACAGCUAGCUUGGUGGACGGGGGGUUUGAUGGGAAUGUUCUAAGGGCGCUGUGUGACCUCGAUUGUGGUGUACCCCUACUGCUAGAUCGUAUCAAACAAAGCGUGGUAUCAUGUAGGGAAACGUCCGUAUUCUUUAAAAAGCGAGCCGCUAUCGAAGAGGAAUAUGGGAAGAAUUUGCAGAAGCUGGCCCGAACCACUUCGGAUGUAUAUUCAAUGAACGAUGGAAAGGCCGGUUCCUUUGUCAAUACCUGGCAAAUGUCUAUGCGGAUACAUGAAUCGAUGGCCGAGAAUCGAAUUCGAUUUGCGCAACGCCUAAACGAGAUGAGUGAAGAGCUCACGACGCUAGUCAAGGAGGUGGAUAAGAGCCGCAAGCAGACGAAGGAUUUAGCCACGCGAUACGAACGCGCUCUUCAAGAGUCUGAGCUAGCUACUGAGAAGAGCAAGAAUCGCCUUGACAUGACUACGGAAGAACUAGAACGGGUGCUGCUCCAGAAGGAAGGGGAGUCCUUCAAAGAUACACCCGUCCAAGCUCGAGUGAGUGGUCCGGUUGGCAAAAGGGCUAUUGGGAAGGCUGUGGCGAAGGGUGGGCUGUUAUUGAAGGGGAAGAAUCCAGGAAAUAUCCAACGCCAGGAAGACGAUAUAAGGGCUCGAAUGUCUGCCGCCUCCGAUACUUACCGAAAGCUUGUGACAGAGACGCAGACUCUGAGGCAGGAAUAUUUCAACUUCCAGCUGCCACGGUUAUUACGUGCUCUCAAGGAAUGCACCGAUGAAGUCGACCUUGGAACCCAAUACCACCUGACAAGAUACGCGUUUCUUUUCGAAAGAGGCUCUGUCGGUGUGGGGCUCAAGGCUGCAACCGAGAUGAUCGAUAAUCGCAAUGACUUCAAAACGUACAUGCAGAAUUACGCGUACGCACAUGGCGCUUCAUCUAGAGGACCUCGGCGGGAAGGACCAGCUGAUGAUGGUUUCCUGCCCCCUCUGCCCAAGCAUCAAGAGCGCGGACAACCACCUCCUAGCGCUGCGGUCAACGGCGUUACGGAUAAGGGUCGUCCCACUUUCGGAAUAGAUUUAUCCGAGCAAAUGGAGCGAGAUAAUGUAGAAGUUCCGUCCUUGGUUGAGAAGUGCUGUACCGUCAUAGAGAAGUACGGCAUGAAGUCACAAGGUGUCUAUCGCCUCAAUGGCACCACGAGCAAGGUGUACAAUCUCAAACAACGGCUCGACAAAGAUUUGGAUUCCGUGGAUUUGGAUGCACCAGAGUGGUCGUCCGAUAUUAACAAUGUGACCAGCGUCCUGAAAAUGUGGCUGAGGGAGCUACCUGAUCCUCUGCUUACCUUGCAACUACACCAGGGGUUUAUCGACGCCGCAAAAAUUGAGAACGACCGCCUUAGGCAUAUACGACUACACGAAAGGGUUAACGAUCUCCCAGAUCCAAACUACGCUACCCUCAAGUAUUUCUUGGGUCACCUGCACAGGAUCACUCAGCACGCAGAUGAAAACCUGAUGACAAUACAAAACCUUGCGAUAGUAUUCGGUCCGACAUUAUUCGGCCAAGCCGUUGAAACUAUCCUCAAGCACUAUACCGAUAUAUUUGUGGAAGAAACGGAACAGAAUGCCUAA